CACAUGAGUUCGUGGUAACUGCAAUGAUGUAAACUUUUAAAUCCAUUCCGAGUUUUGACUUGUAACUAUGAUGGUUCAGUAUUUGUAAACUAAACCAACAUUCAUGCAACAAUUAUACAAUAUAUUAUAUUAUAUGAAAUAAAUUUUAUACUCAAGUUUUAUAAAAAUAAGAAAACAAUAUUAAAUCGUUACCCUUUUAUUGAUCAAAAUAUUGUCAUAUGUGUAUGUAGACACUAAUAUGAAUAUACAUCCAAUCAGACAAAGAAAUAUAAUACAUACAAGCAUAUACUGUAAAGAAAUAAACAAAUACCUCCAAUUGGACUAUGAAAUCAAAACAUAUUGUUUCAUUUUAACUGAUUCAUAGUUAUCUUACGUUGAGUGUAUAUAUGUUGAAUCAAAAAUUCUAGUUUCUAUGAAAUAUGCACAUUCAUUUUAUACAUAUUUGACAAGGUUAUAAAUAGAAAUGGUAAAUAUUUAGUUUUCUAUUCAAUGACUAUUUCAUAUAGUUUUAUUGAUUUAAUGAUGCAAUCUGUUCAAUAAAAUACAAACACUUAACUAUAUAUAUAUUUCAUAUGUAUUCAAUAAUAUGCAUAUAACAAUGGAUGAAUCUAAUAAGGAAUUAAUUAAUAAUGUACCACAUUCACGGAUAAAAACACGUCCAUCUGGAAAAUGUACAUUAGCUAGGAAACGUUUAAAACAAGUGUUUAAUAUGAGAAAAUAUUAUUUAUCAGUUAUUGGAUUGACAGGUUUUGAAGCAUUAUUAGUAUUAUGUCGAGUGAUAUUGGAAACAGAAUCAUUACGUUUACCUCCCGGAAAUACUCAACGAUUAAUUUUAGAAGGUCAAUUAGCUUUAGAAUGUUUAAGUUUAUUUACAUUGACAUUAUUCGUUGUGGAAGUUCCAUUUAAAAUAUGGGCUAUGGGAAUUCGUCAAUGGGGUCGUCAAUUAUUAUUUAUUAUAGAUGGUCUUAUAUGUGCAGUUUGUUUUUCAUUAGAUAUAUAUAAUAUUUAUCGACAUUCUAGUCGACCAUCAAGAGUGAUUACAUCAUCAAAAGUUUUAGAAUUAUGUAAUUAUUUACAUAUUACUUCACAAGCAGAUACAGCUUCAACAUUUGCUGAAAUCUUUGGUCUUAUGAUUGUUUAUAGAUUAUGGUAUAUUAAAAGAUUUAUAAAAAAAACAGUAUUGAUUAAAAGUAAACAAUCAGUUAAAAGAAUUCAAGAACUUCAACAAGUUUAUGGAGAAGCUGAUCAACGUAUUAAUCAAUUAGAAAAUAUAUUACAAGAACAAAUAGAACGUAAAGAUAAUUAUCGAUCAAUAUCGAAUGUAAUUUUAGAUAAUAAACAAGGACAACAACAAACAACAAGACCAAUGUCAAAGGUGAAUUAUUCCAAUCGUCCUGUACCACGUCAGUUUUCUAAUAUAGAACGUUAAUCAAUAUUUACAUAUCUAUAUCUACAUAUGUUUUAAGUUGUCAGUGUAUUCAUACCAUAAUAAUUAUUAUUACAAUAAGCCUUUUGCAUACCUUUUUUUGAUAUAAAAUUUAUACUACUGCUUUUAUUGUAAUAGUAGUAUAAAUGAGCUUUAAAAAAUAAAUUAUGUAGAGAGAUUAAAUUUUUCAUUUAGAAAAUUUAUAAACGACUAUAAUGUACUGCUUCUAAUCUAUGAUUUAUGAUGAAUUGUAUAAUAUGUCAAUAUAAAAUAAUAAUUUAAUAUUCUUC